GUAAUGUCUGCCUUGAAGAAAUCCUUCAUCAAGCGCAAGCUUGCUAAGAAGCAAAAGCAAAAUCGUCCAAUGCCACAAUGGGUCCGCAUGAAGACUGGAAACACCAUGAAGUACAAUGCCAAGAGACGCCACUGGAGACGCACCAAGCUGAAGCUCUAAGCUGCUGAUCGGUCACCGGAUCAUCCCGUCACCUUUCGCCUUAUCUGUUGUUCAAUUUUCAAUAAAUAUUUUUAUUG